GUGGGGCCGGGGCCGGAGCAAAGAUGGCGGCGGCGGUGAGACAGGAUUUGGGCCAGCUUAUGAACUCGAGCGGGUCUCACAAGGACCUGGCGGGCAAGUAUCGACAGAUAUUGGAAAAAGCCAUUCAGUUGCCUGGGGCAGAACAGCUUGAGGCUUUAAAAGCCUUUGUGGAAGCAAUGGUAAAUGAGAAUGUCAGUCUAGUGAUCUCUCGGCAGUUGCUGACUGAUUUCUGCACACACCUGCCUAAUCUGCCUGACAGCACGGCCAAAGAAAUCUAUCAUUUCACCUUGGAAAAGAUCCAGCCCAGAGUCAUUUCAUUUGAGGAGCAGGUUGCUUCAAUAAGGCAGCAUCUUGCAUCGAUAUAUGAGAAAGAAGAAGACUGGAGAAAUGCAGCCCAAGUGUUGGUGGGGAUUCCCUUGGAGACAGGACAAAAGCAGUACAAUGUGGAUUAUAAACUGGAGACCUAUCUGAAAAUUGCCAGGCUCUACCUAGAGGACGAUGACCCCGUGCAGGCCGAGGCCUACAUCAACCGAGCGUCCUUGCUGCAGAACGAAUCCACCAGUGAGCAGCUGCAGAUCCACUACAAGGUGUGCUAUGCUCGUGUUCUUGAUUAUAGAAGAAAGUUCAUCGAAGCUGCCCAAAGAUACAAUGAGCUCUCAUAUAAGACGAUAGUCCAUGAAAGUGAGAGACUAGAGGCCCUAAAACAUGCUUUGCACUGUACCAUCUUAGCAUCAGCAGGACAACAGCGCUCUCGAAUGCUAGCCACUCUUUUUAAGGAUGAAAGGUGUCAGCAGCUGGCAGCCUAUGGAAUCCUGGAGAAGAUGUAUCUAGAUAGGAUUAUUAGAGGAAAUCAGCUUCAAGAAUUUGCUGCUAUGUUGAUGCCUCACCAAAAAGCAACUACAGCUGAUGGUUCCAGCAUCUUGGACAGAGCUGUCAUUGAACACAAUUUGUUGUCUGCAAGCAAGUUAUAUAAUAAUAUUACAUUUGAAGAGCUCGGAGCUCUGUUAGAGAUCCCCGCAGCUAAGGCAGAAAAGAUAGCGUCUCAGAUGAUUACUGAAGGCCGGAUGAAUGGAUUUAUUGAUCAGAUUGAUGGAAUAGUUCAUUUUGAAACCCGUGAGGCUUUGCCAACAUGGGACAAACAAAUUCAGUCACUUUGUUUCCAAGUGAAUAACCUUUUGGAGAAGAUAAGCCAGACAGCGCCAGAGUGGACGGCCCAGGCCAUGGAGGCCCAGAUGGCCCAGUGACUCAACACUACUUUGAUGGCAUCUGCAGCGUCUCCGUGAUCAUACAGAUUAAUUUCACUACAACUCCAAAGAGUCUGUAUUGCGACCCUCCACAUUUCAGCGUCCUCUUAAAACAGAAUCUAUUUAAAGAAGCAUUAUUUAAGAGGAGAUGGCAUGAAUGAACACUUCAGAUUUCCAAAUCCUUAGUCCCCCUAUUUGGUGGGUGUCUGUCUGUCAGACUAAUGCAGUUGUUUUGAAGGCCUUUGUUUAAAUUGAUGGAGUGAAAUCUCUGUGACUAAAAGAUUUGUUAUAGUUCUUUACCUUGUGCUAUGUUGUAUGUGUGCUUUAUUCCUCUCAGAUCUUCCAAUAAAGAGGGGAGCGAGCCAAAUGUGAAUGGUUUUUUGUGUUUUAGUGAUUCAGUAGUUUUUCUUCUUCAGUGUUCUAUAGUUACAUAAGAUAAAAAUGCCUUUUCUACAGCUUCACAUCUGUUCCUAAUAGUUUUCUUUAAUCAAAAAUUAAACCAUAUUGCUACAUACUCCUUA